GUGGCAUGGGAACCAUCACCGCAACCGCCACCACCUCCUUCGGCCGUUUUCAUUUGAUACACACCCAUCUGAGACAUAAUAAGAGGUCCCGUCGACAAUGAGCCAAGCCACUGUUAUGUUAGCAGACUCGUGACACGCCUAUUUCAUAAACAAAACAAGCACCAUCCCACUAAGGGCAUUUUAGCAAUUUCACUCCCUCUCUCCUUCCCUGCCUGCCUGAUAUAUACCCACCAUCAAUAUAUAUAUCCGAACUAGUUACAGUACAGGUAAUAAACAGUACACUGUCAAGCACCAACCUGUUCUUCAAAACUCUACGAUGGCGUCAAAGAACGACACCACCUCCACCACGACCCACCACCCUACAGACGCUGGAAACCUGAACGGAGAGCCACCUCAGGAGGACAGGUGUCAGGUGGAAGAGGUGGCUCUGGUGGUCCCGGAAACCGACGACCCCUCACUCCCAGUAAUGACGUUUCGAGCUUGGUUUCUUGGUCUAACCUCAUGCAUAAUCUUGAUAUUCCUCAACACUUUCUUCAUCUACCGCACACAACCCUUGACCAUCUCUGCCAUUCUCAUGCAAAUAUCUGUUCUACCCAUUGGAAAGUUCAUGGCUUCGACGCUUCCAAACAAAAAGUACAGUGUGUUUGGUGGUCGUUGGAGUUUUAAUUUGAAUCCUGGUCCUUUCAACAUGAAAGAGCAUGUUAUCAUCACGGUGAUGGCUAACUGUGGGGUGUCUAUUGGUGGUGGUGAUGCCUACUCGAUUGGGGCCAUUACUGUCAUGAAGGCUUAUUAUAAACAGAGCUUGAAUUUCUUGUGUGGGCUUAUUAUUGUUUUAACAACUCAGAUAAUAGGGUAUGGAUGGGCUGGAAUGUUGAGGAGGUACCUGGUUGAUCCUGUUGAAAUGUGGUGGCCUUCAAACCUUGCUCAGGUUUCUCUAUUUAGGGCAUUGCAUGAAAAAGAACCAAAAACAAGAGGCAUGACAAGGAUGCAAUUCUUUCUUGUUUUCCUGGCUGCAAGUUUCGUCUAUUACACAUUUCCGGGCUAUCUGUUCCCAAUUCUGACAUUCUUCUCAUGGGUCUGUUGGGCGUGGCCUCACAGUAUCACAGCUCAGCAAAUUGGCUCUGGGUACCAUGGACUCGGGGUGGGUGCCUUCACUCUCGAUUGGGCAGGGAUUUCAGCUUAUCAUGGCAGCCCAUUGGUGACACCUUGGUCUUCCAUUCUCAAUAUUGGGAUUGGCUUUUUUAUCUUUGUCUACAUAAUUGUACCUCUGUGCUACUGGAAAUUCAAUACUUUUGAUGCCCGGAAAUUCCCCAUAUUUUCUAGUCAGCUGUUCACUUCUACUGGGCAGAAAUAUGAUACGGACAAGAUCUUGACUCCGCAAUACGAUCUUAACAUUACUGCUUAUGACAGUUAUGGAAAGCUAUAUCUUAGUCCUUUGUUUGCGCUCUCAAUUGGAUCAGGAUUCGCAAGAUUUUCGGCAAUACUCACACAUGUAGCACUGUUUCAUGGCAGUGAUAUUUGGAAGCAGAGCAAGUCUGCAGUAAAGAACAUUAAUUUGGAUAUCCAUGCAAAAUUGAUGAAAAGUUACAAAGGAGUGCCUCAAUGGUGGUACCUCAUUUUGUUGAUAGGGAGCAUUGCCCUAUCACUCAUAAUGUCUUUUGUGUGGAAAGAAGAUGUGCAGCUGCCAUGGUGGGCGAUGCUUUUUGCAUUUGCUUUGGCUUGGAUUAUCACCCUACCUAUCGGGAUCAUUCAAGCAACCACUAACCAGCAACCUGGGUAUGACAUAAUUGCACAGUUCAUAAUUGGGUAUAUCCUUCCUGGGAAACCCAUUGCAAACUUGAUUUUCAAGAUGUAUGGUCGAAUCAGCACCAUUCAUGCUCUCUCUUUCUUAGCAGACCUUAAACUUGGGCACUACAUGAAAAUUCCACCACGGAGCAUGUACACAGCUCAGCUGGUGGGGACACUAGUUGCUGGAACAGUCAACCUUGCAGUUGCAUGGUGGAUGUUGGGGAGCAUUGAGAACAUUUGUGAUGUCCAAGCACUUCAUCCUGAGAGCCCAUGGACAUGCCCUAAAUUCCGAGUCACAUUUGAUUCUUCCGUUAUAUGGGGCCUAAUUGGACCAGAACGGCUGUUUGGACCAAGAACGUUGUACAGGAACUUGGUAUGGUUAUUCCUUGUAGGAGCUGUUUUGCCAGUACCUGUUUGGAUAAUGAGCAAAAUCUACCCUGAAAAGAAAUGGAUUCCCUUGAUUAACAUACCAGUUAUAUCUUACGGCUUUGCUGGAAUGCCGCCAGCAACUCCCACUAAUAUUGCUAGUUGGCUUAUUACUGGAACCAUCUUCAAUUACUUUGUGUUUAAGUACCGGAAAGGAUGGUGGCAGAGAUAUAACUACGUGCUGUCUGCGGCAUUGGAUGCUGGCACAGCUUUCAUGGGUGUUCUAUUGUUCUUCGCUUUGCAGAAUGAGGGCAAAAUUUUGAAGUGGUGGGGAUCGGAGCCUGACCAUUGUCCCUUGGCAUCAUGCCCUACGGCACCAGGGAUUCUGGCUAAAGGGUGUCCAGUUUUCAAGUAGUCACAUGGCCAUGUAAACUGAAAGCCUGUGUAAACAUUCAAAGCCAGGUUAAAAAGGGGGGCGUUUUACAAACACAAGCCCAGAGAUGUUAGAGCUGGUUAUAGAAACGUUGCUACAAAAUAUGAACAACCAUUUGCUUUGCAUCAUUGUAAUUUUAAAUGCUGGUUUACACAUUGACAGUAAUUUUGCUGCUCCAUAUGCAAUUUAUGGCUGUUGGUACUGUAUUCUGUUGCUAGAAUAGAA